GCGUCAAAACAUUAUAGCGUCGGCUCUUGUUAUUGUUGUAUUCGUCAGUAUUCAUAUGAAUAAAUAUUGCAAAAUGCUUACGUGAAAUUCUCAUUUAACAUUCCUAGAUGCAACGGCGUUGUGAAUAAGAAUAGUCUAGUAUAAUUUAACUUCAGUCUUAUAGUUGUUAAAACAUAACCUAUCAGUGUAAGCAUUUAGCUCGUAAAAAUGUUUUCGAUUGCCCGGCAAACUCACCCCGCUACUGGAGUGGAGUAUGCUGUGAGCUGCUGCUUUUUCGAAAACGAAGAAACAUGCUUGGUCACCGCAGGCGCUAAUAUUUUGAAAGUCUUUAGACUUGUUCCUGAAGGCAACACUAAAGAGGUCAAUGCAGCCGGUCAGCCAGUACCACCAAAGAUGAAGUUAGAAUGCCUAGCAUCAUACACACUAUGGGGUAACAUAAUGUCCAUCGCGGCAGUAAAAUGCCCAAGUGCUGGUAGAGAUUUGUUGCUACUGUCUUUCCGAGAAGCGAAGCUCUCUGUAGUGCAGUAUGAUCCACAGACAAACAACUUGAUUACAUUGAGCAUGCAUUAUUUUGAAGAGGAUGAUAUGAAGAACGGCUGGACCACCCACCCCCAUAUUCCCUGGAUUCGAGUGGAUCCAGAGUUUCGAUGUGCUGUCAUGCUCUUAUAUGGAAAGAAGUUAGCAGUCUUACCGUUUAGAAAGGACAUAACAUCAGAUGAAGGAGACCCCCUGGAGUCUAAACCGUUAGACGAUGAUAAAAAGAAUCUAGCUCAACCAGUAAUGCGAGCCCCCACGUUAGCAUCAUAUGUGAUAGUAUUAAAAGAUCUAGACGAAAAGAUAGACAAUAUUCUAGAUAUACAGUUCCUAUAUGGAUAUUAUGAACCAACAUUAUUGUUGUUGUACGAACCAGUAAGGACUUUUCCUGGUCGUGUAGCAGUACGCAGCGACACGUGCGCAAUGGCUGGCGUGUCUCUCAACAUGAGCGCACGCGUGCAUCCAGUGAUUUGGUCCACCGCUGGUUUACCGUUCGAUUGCUUGCAAGCUGUGCCUGUACAGAAGCCGCUUGGUGGCUGUCUGAUAUUGGCAGCAAAUUCUCUUAUAUAUCUAAAUCAGUCGGUACCUCCAUAUGGAGUAUCUUUGAACAGUAUAGCAACGCACACUACGAAUUUUCCUUUACGUAUCCAAGAAGGCGUGUGUAUAACGCUCGAUGGGGCCAAAGUAGCCACUCUAGGGGAGAGUAGAGUUGCUCUAGCGUUACGCGGCGGUCAGUUAUAUGUGCUGACCAUGCUGUCUGACAGCGUUCGCAGUGUUAACAGCUUCCAUCUGGAUAGAGCUGCGGCUUCUGUGCUGACCAGCUGUAUGUGCGUCAUAGAAGAAGAUUUUCUCUUCCUCGGCUCGCGGUUGGGCAACUCUCUCUUACUGAGAGUGACGGAGAGAGAGAACAGAAUGAUAUUCUCUAUCGAUAGACCCCUAGCUGCUACUAUAGAUCUUACGGAUGCUGAAGCAACAAGAGAAAUGGAGCAAUCCAACAAGGAAAAGGAAGCGCAAAAAGAAACAGACCCGGCCGCGAAGAAACGUCGGAUGGAUACAAUAAGUGAUUGUGUUGCUAGUAAUGUGAUAGAGAUUAGUGAUAAAGAUGAAUUGGAGGUCUAUGGAUCGGAUAUUAGGACGUCUACACAGUUGACUAGUUAUGUUUUUGAGGUGUGUGACUCGUUGCUAAACACGUGUCCGAUCGGCGACAUAUCGAUGGGCGAAGUGCAGUUACUGAGCUCUGAGCGUCGAGCAGAACACGGCGCGUUAGAGCUUGUUGCGUGCUGCGGCCGCGGCAAGAACGGUGCGCUGUGCGUGCUGCAGCGGGCGGUCAGGCCGCAGCUCGUCACCGCCUUCGAGCUGCCCGGUUGUGUGGACAUGUGGACGGUGAUCGGCGAACAAACGGAAACGCAACGCGAAGCGCACAGAGACAUGGAAGGAACGCACGCGUAUAUGAUACUCACACAGGACGAUACCAGCAUGAUUCUACAAACGGGGCAGGAAAUCAACGAAGUAGACAACUCUGGCUUUAUGACGAACGCGCCGACAGUUUUUGCCGGAAAUUUGGGAAAUAACAAGUUUAUGGUGCAAGUUACCACUGUGGCUAUACGGCUUAUUAGAAAUGGUGCGCUAAUCCAGUCCAUAUCAUUGGAAUGGACAGCUCGAUCAGCCAUCACAGCGGACCCGUACUUGUGUGUGCUGUCUACUUGUGGGAGGGCUUUAGUACUGGCUCUAAGGGAAAUGAGAGCUAAGGACGCUUUGUCAGCUCGUCUAGCGCCGACCCGGCAGGCGGUCCCGCACCGGCCGGGCGUGGUCCGCGCGGCGCCCUACCGCGACCUCAGCGGUCUGUUCGCGCAGAACUGCGCUCCUGUACAGGUGAAAGGUGAGUUUUCUGGCAAAGUGAACAAGAACGUGAAAGCCGAAGGUCUGAAGCCGGGCGUGGUGUAUGAACUCAAUGAUGAUGAGCUGCUGUAUGGAGGUGAUCAGACACCGGCUUCUAUGGCUAGCAUAAUGUUAGCGGAACAAUCGAAAAACCCUGGCGUGCCCCGUCGAGUUUCACGUUGGUGGAAGAAACAGCUCGCCGAGGUCAAGCCGACCUACUGGCUCUUUGUGCUGAGGGAUAACGGCAAUUUGGAGAUCUAUUCCCUGCCAGAGAUGAAACUGAGCUUCCUGGUGCGAGAUGUGUGUGCUGGACAUCGGAUACUAGCGGACAGCUUAGAAUCAGUUCCCAUGCCGCUGAACGCCAAUGAUGAAGAGGAACUAACAUCAGGUCACAGCACGCACGUGGAGCGUCUGCGGGAGCUGCUGGUGGUGGGGCUCGGCAACAAGGGCUCGCGGCCGCUGCUGCUGCUGCGGAUGGACGACCAGCUGCUGGUCUACCAGGCGUACAAAUACCCGCGCGGCAACCUAAAGCUCCGUUUCUCCCGCGUGGGCUGCUCCUUCCCGUUCGGUUACCGCGGGGCGCCGCUAGUGACUCCUGAUGAUGGAUACGAAGCCGCAACCUUGAGGGAAAACGUGCGCUAUUUGAGAUAUUUUGGUAACGUAGGCGGUUACAACGGCGUAUUCAUAUGCGGGGAAACGCCAUACUUUCUCAUAUUGAGUGGGCGUGGGGAACUGAGGUUACACCCGUUGAGUUUGGAAGAGGCACCUGUUGCUAGCUUCGCGUCGUUCAAUAAUACUAAUUGUCCGCAAGGAUUCUUGUAUUUUAAUACUAAGGGCUCACUACGCAUUAGCGUAUUACCAACCCACCUUUCCUACGACGCUCCAUGGGCAGUGCGUAAAGUGCCUUUACGAGAAACACCUCACGCAGUCACUUUUCAUUUGGAGUCGAAGACUUAUUGCUUAGUGUCGUCCGUGUCAACACCGACCACAUCUUAUUACAAAUUUAACGGGGAAGAUAAGGAAAAAAGCACGGAGAAUAAGGGAGAUAGAUUCCCUUACCCGAUGCAAGAGAAAUUUUCAGUGAUGUUGUUUUCGCCGGUUUCAUGGGAGGUUGUUCCCGGCAGUCGGGUGUCUUUGGAGGAAUGGGAACAUGUCACUUGCUUGAAAAAUGUGUCGCUAUCUUAUGAGGGAACCACGUCCGGUCGUCGCGGUUACAUUGCUAUUGGUACUAAUUAUAAUUAUGGAGAAGACAUCACUUCUAGAGGAAGAAUACUAAUCUACGACAUUAUCGACGUGGUCCCUGAACCAGGGCAGCCAUUAACGAAGAAUAGAUUUAAAGAAAUAUACGCUAAGGAACAAAAAGGGCCCGUGACUGCGCUCACGCAAGUUCUGGGGUAUCUCAUAUCGGCUGUUGGACAGAAGAUCUACAUCUGGCAGCUCAAAGACAACGAUCUAGUGGGUGUUGCGUUCAUAGACACACAGAUAUACGUACACAGAAUGUUAGCUGUUAAGAACUUGAUUUUAGUGGCCGAUGUUUAUAAGUCAAUAUCUCUAUUGAGGUAUCAAGACCAACAUAGAACGUUGUCUCUGGUUUCGCGGGACUUUAGGACAGCGCAGAUAUAUGACAUGGAAUUCAUGGUGGACAACACUAGUCUUGGUUUCCUGGUCAGCGAAGUGGAAGGGAAUCUAGCGUUGUUUAUGUACCAGCCACAAGCUAGAGAGAGUUAUGGAGGUCAGCGUCUGAUCCGCAAGUGCGACUACCACCUGGGCCAGCAGGUACACGCCAUGUUCCGUAUCGCGGCUCGACCACAAACUAAUGCACUUGUUAGUCAGAGAAGUGCCAAUGAGCAGAGACGACAUGUUACUGUUUUCACAACCCUAGACGGCGGAGUGGGCUACGUGUUGCCAGUCUCCGAAAAAGUGUACCGAAGAUUGCUGAUGUUGCAGAACGUUAUGAAUAACUACUGUUGCCAUAUCGCCGGUUUGAAUCCUAGAGCUUAUAGGACUUAUAAAAGUGUAAGACGAGGCGGUGGACCGGCGCGAGGCAUUCUAGAUGGAGACUUAGUUUCUUUGUAUACUUCGAUGCCGAUAAAUGAACAACAAGACAUCGCGAAGAAGAUUGGGACAAAAGUGGAGGAGAUAUUCAGUGAUCUCUACGAGAUAGACAGACUUACUGCGCAUUUCUAGAUUAAGUGUUGUUUGUAAAUAGAUGAAUAAAUGAUAUUCUUUA